AAGCUCAUCAUGAGCGUCCCGCCCCCCUCCCUUCCGCCACGGUACCGCGCCCAGCCCCUGCGCGUCGCCUGUGUGCAGUACGACGUCAAGAUGGGCCGCGUGGCCGAGAACGCGGCCAAGGUCGAGGCCAUGACUGCGGGCCUGGCGCCCGGCGCGCUCGACCUCCUCGUCCUCCCCGAGAUGGCAUUGAGCGGAUACAUGUUCGCGACGCCCGCCGCCAUCGCGCCGUACCUCGAGACACCGGGGGGUCCCACGGCACGCCUGGCCACGGCUCUCGCGUCGCGUCUCAAGUGCUACGUCGUAGCGGGAUAUCCCGAGGCCAUCCCCGGCGCCGACAUCGACCUGGGGGUGGGGUACAACUCGGCUGUGCUCGCGGGACCGGAGGGUGUCAUCGGGAACUACCGCAAGACGUUCCGUUUCGACACGGACAAGACGUGGGCGCGCGAGGGCGAUGGCUUUGCGUUCUUCGACCUCCCCCAGCCACUGGGGCGGGUCGGCGUCGGCAUAUGCAUGGACUUGAAUCCCCGUGAUUUCAUCGCGCCGUGGAAUGCGUACGAGCUCGCCACGUUCGCCGUAGAUAACGCCGUGGACAUGCUCGUCGUUCCGAUGAAUUGGCUCGAUCCGGCGGAACAGGACGACUCGGACAGCGACGAGGACGACGGCCUCGCGGUCCCGCCGCGCGACCCGAACGCCCCGUCCGAGUCUAAUCUCAAUUACUGGGCGGCGCGCUUGGCGCCCCUGCACGACCCGACGCCGCGAUACGACGAGGGAACGCCGGCCGCGGGAAGGGAGGUCGUGUUCGUCGCGGCGAACCGCGUGGGCACGGAGGAAGGGACGACGUUUGCGGGCACGAGCUGCGUCAUGGCCAUCAGCAGCGUGCCGAGCCGCAUCGAGCUCAUCGAGGUCUGCAGCCGGAGCGAGGAGCGCGUCCUCGUCGCGGAGAUUGCAUAGAUGUAUAUGUAUAGUGGCGGCAUUGUCCGCGGGGUAUUGUGUGGCUGGGAGUUGGUGUGCGGCGCAGGCUAGUGCACACGAGAUACAGUGGGCCACUACUUGGCCUUCUUCGCCGCACG